CCACUUGAGCGUGCGUGUUGUGGCCGCAUUUGCGCAACGUAAACGGAAGCGUACUGAACGCAAGAUGAUGCAACUGAAGCAGGUGCAACUGCUGACCAUUGUUGGCUGCGUGCUGGCGGCGCUGGCGCUUGCCAGUGCCACGCCCACUGGCCGCAUUCUGGGCGGCGCUGAGGCGGACGCCAGUGCCACGCCCUACGCGGCCUCGCUGCGCAUUGAUAAUGCGCAUGUAUGCGGCGCCAGCAUUAUCUCCUCCACCAAGCUCCUCACCGCCGCCCACUGUCUGAAGCGCAACGGCAAAGCCAUUCAAGCCACACGCAUGUCGGCACGCGUGGGCAGCACCAAUCAAUACGCAGGCGGACGAGUGGUAAGCAUUGCCUCUGCCGUCGCGCAUCCGGACUACACUGACCUGCAGCACAAUCUGGCCGUGCUGACGCUCAGCGCACCGCUGCAGUUGACCACGCGCAUUGCGCCCAUCGAGCUGCCUGGCAAGGAUGAGGCAUUGCCGGCGACUGGCAGCGUGCUCAGUGUGGCUGGCUGGGGCACCACCGAGGAGGGCACUUCCUCGUUCAAGAUACGCCAGGUGAAGCUGCAACUGGCCACAGCCGAGGUCUGCCAGGAUGCCUAUGCUGAGCACAAGCCCGAAACCAGCUUCUGUCUGGCCCAUGCGCUCAAGCAGGGCACCUGCAACGGCGACGGCGGCAGCGCUGCUGUCUAUGGGCAGCAGCUUGUGGGCGUCACCAGCUUUGUAGUGGGCGCCUGUGGUUCCCGCUAUCCGGAUGUCUUUGUACGCGUCUCUGGCUAUCACGACUGGUUGCAGCAGCAGCUGCGCGCCUAAUCCUUAUCCUUAUCCUUAUCCAAAAUGCAAAAAUAAACAUUUAGUCAACAGCUGAAAA